AUGUGGCAACAUUUGAUCAGUUUCAGCUAUUACUACUUUUAUUACUUCAUUGAAACAAUUCAUCGUUAUCGUUUUCUUCUGUUCCAACUGUUGUUUUUUCCUAAAGAACAAUUCAAAUUACUUUGUGCAACAUGUGAUGUUUCACUUACUGGUGUUGUGUUUGAGCCGUUUGAUGAAGUUAACAAAGAAGAAUUUAUGGUUCCUAUCACACUACAAACUUCACUUGCUCGACAGAGAUUCGCGGAUGAAUGUGAAGCUGCUAUCAAUGAGCAGAUCAAUGUGGAGUACAACAUUUCGUAUGUAUACCACGCCAUGUACGUCUUCUUUGACAGGGACAACGUAGCUCUAAAAGGCCUCGCAAAAUUCUUCAAGGAGUCAAGUGAAGAAGAAAAGGAACAUGGUGAGAAGUUGAUGCAUUAUCAGAACAUCCGAGGAGGAAGAGUGAAGCUACACUCUAUUAUGAUGCCUCCCUCUGAAUUUGAUCAUGUUGAUAAGGGAGACACAAAAGUUUAUCAUAACCUUGGUUCGCCCUUCCAGGCUUGGUUCCAGUCUCUACGGGCUCAGCAGCAGCUUCUUGAGCUGGGCCACCAGCAUGAAGCUGUUCCUGAUGCUGGACUUCAGCAAUGGUAG